AUGUUUGCCGAAAGAAAUUACUCUAAAAUUAUUGAACUAUUAAAACCUUGUCAUUACCAUUCUCAAAAGAAAAAAGAAUUUAACAAAAAUAAUGAUUUAGUAUAUUCAAUCCUUAAAGAAUUAAAGUGUCAUUGGGUUCCAUUUCAUCCUAUUAAUAAGAAAAUUGUUGGAGAAACAAACUUAAAUAAACGAUUAAAUGCUGUAUUAAAAAUACUUCAAUCUCUUGAGGUUAUUGAAAUGAAAAAUGGAUAUGUCCGACUAAAACCCUAUUCUAGUGCAAUUGCUUUUAAUGUUGCUUCUCUUAAUGAAAUUCAAUUCGAGUUAAUGAAAGAAAAUCAAGUCUUAGAAACUCAAAUUAAAGACAUUCUCCAUCAAUAUAGUUAUGCCCAUAAACUAUUUCCUAAUAUUCAAGUUAGUUUUGAACAGUCUGCAUUUGAGUUAUUUCUUCAAAACACAUCUCCGUUAAAUUAUAACCCUCAAUUAGGAAAUUGGUUAUUUCUUUGGAAACAGUCACUUCCAUUACCUUUACCAAGUUCUUCUUCAACAUUUGACCCAUUACAACCACCUUCUCUUGAAUGUAUUGUAAAUAAUUAA